CAGGCGGAGACGAGGCAAGGCGGGGCGGGGCGCGCCGGGCCGGUUGCUAAGACUUGGCGAAGCGCUGCGCUCGCGCCCGGAUCCCUCAGUCGGCAUCGCUGAGGAUGGAGCCCGCCCCGGGCCUCCUGGAGCAGCCCAAGUGCUUGGAGGCCGGGAGCCCAGAGCCUGAGGCGGCGCCGUGGCAGGCCCUGCCUGUCCUGUCCGAGAAGCAGUCGGGGGACGUGGAGCUGGUGCUGGCCUACGCCGCGCCCAUCCUGGACAAGCGCCAGACCUCACGCCUCCUGAAGGAGGUGUCGGCCCUGCACCCGCUCCCCGCCCAGCCUCACCUCAAGCGGGUGCGGCCCAGCCGCGAUGCCGGCAGCCCCCACGCCCUGGAGAUGCUGCUGUGCCUGGCCGGGCCAGCCUCGGGCCCGCGCUCGCUGGCUGAGCUCCUGCCACGGCCGGCUGUGGACCCCCGCGGCCUGGGGCAGCCCUUCCUGGUGCCUGUGCCCGCCCGGCCGCCUCUGACCAGGGGCCAGUUCGAGGAGGCCCGGGCCCACUGGCCCACGUCGUUCCACGAGGACAAGCAGGUGACCAGCGCCCUGGCUGGGAGGCUCUUCUCCACGCAGGAGCGCGCCGCCAUGCAGAGCCACAUGGAGCGGGCGGUGCGGGCGGCCCGGCGGGCGGCAGCGCUGGGCCUGCGGGCCGUGGGGGCCGUGGUGGUGGACCCGGCCUCGGACCGCGUGCUGGCCACCGGCCACGACUGCAGCAGCGCAGACAACCCCCUCCUGCAUGCCGUCAUGGUGUGCGUGGACCUCGUGGCGCGCGGCCAGGGCCGCGGCACCUACGACUUCAGGCCGUUCCCGGCCUGCUCCUUCGCCCCAGCCGCCGCCCCCCAGGCCGUCCGUGCAGGCGCAGUGCGUAAACUGGACGCAGACGAGGAUGGUCUCCCCUACGUGUGCACCGGCUACGACCUGUACGUGACUCGCGAGCCCUGCGCCAUGUGCGCCAUGGCCCUGGUGCACUCACGCAUCCUGCGCGUCUUCUACGGCGCGCCCUCGCCCGACGGCGCCCUGGGCACCCGCUUCCGCAUCCACGCCCGGCCCGACCUCAACCACCGCUUCCAGGUGUUCCGCGGGGUGCUGGAGGAGGAGUGCCGCUGGCUGGACCCCGACACAUAGGCGCAACCCUCCUGCCUCCGGACCCAUCCCGCUCCUGGCCGAGGGCGCCGCUCCUGGACUUCCAGUCCUCGAUUUCUCUCGCAGAAGCCUGUCUGGAUUUCAAGGACACACACCGCCUCCAGCGGGGAUCACGGGUGCUGCCUUCCGCGCGGAGCGAGCUUUCCUGGACUUGUCAUUGGGGCCACCCCUGUGCCUGCGGGGCUCUUCUGCGGAUGCCCUCGCAGCUUUUGUGUUCCCCUCUGUCUCUCGGGCCAGGAAAAAGCUCUGAUGGGGAAAUAAACAGCUUAAAACCAA